AUGAAUUUAAAAGCUGAAAAUCUCAAGGAUGAGGGAAAUACUUGUUUCAGGAAGAAUGACUACAGGGCUGCUUUGGAACUUUAUAAGGAAGCAUGUAAGUGUGACCCAGGCAAUCCAGUUUACUACUCAAAUAUGGCAAUGACAUUAAUUAAGCUUGAGAUUUGGCCAGAAGCGAUUAAUGCCUGUAAUGAAGGCCUGUCAAAGAUCAAUGAAGCCGAUUCACAAGCUGAUAAGAUAAAACAGAAGCUUUUAUGGAGAAGAGAAACCGCAUUAGAUAAACUGCAGUUGAAUAAGAAUAAAAAUUUGAAAUUAAUUAACAUUAAGAUUAAAGAGUUAUACACGCUUCCCGAUAGUUUUGAGAAACUUUAG